AUGUUGGGAUUAUUGGGCCAACGGGGUCACUAUUCAUCGGUAAAACGGUUAAUUCACAUGUCAGGUAAGUCAAAUUACUUGUUUUAUUAUGAAAAUUGUUUUUACGGCAACUUUGUUUUUAUUGCACUGUGCGGGACCAAUUUUAGCCUAUUUUUUGGCCUGCACGGUGCGGAAAUAAAAAAAUUGAAAAAGUUUGUCGCAAAUUGCGCAAAAAUAAUUAAAUAAUAAUGCCAUACGAUUUUUGAAACUUAUUCCACACUAUAUUUGUUAAUACGACUGUCAAAUCCACAAUUUUUUCGGAAAAAAUCAUUUUUUCCCAAAAUUUUGAUGAUCUUAAAAAAUUUUCAGCUCAAUUAGACAAAUUGGUGCAGUUCAAGUUAUCGGACAUUGGCGAAGGGAUUGCCGAAGUCCAGCUGAAGGAUUGGCAUAUCAAAGUUGGCGAUAAAAUUAGCGAAUUUGAUGAGGUUUGUGAAGUGCAAAGUGACAAAGCGGCAGUAACAAUUACAAGUCGAUAUGAAGGUAUCGUCAAACGAUUGUAAGUCUUUUUUAGCACUUUUUGUAGAUUUUUGAAAUUGAAUUUUGACGGUUUUUUCCGAUUUUUUGCGUUUUUGCACUGUGCAAAGUCAAUUUUGGCCUAUUUUUGGCUCUGCACCGUGCAAAAAAGAAAGAUUUUUUUUGCACAGUGCAAAUGGGGAACAAUCUUGUGCUGUGUGGGCCGAAAUUUUUAAGUUUUUUGUUUGUCAGCACUUUGCAAAAAAUUGGAAAAAUUUUUGCACUGUGCAACCGAAAUUUUACUUCUUUUUUCCAGUGCGCACGGUGCAAAAACGAACUUUUUUGCACUGUGAAAAACAAACAAUUUUUGGAAAUCCUCAACGUACAAAAUUUUUCAGGCACUACGAGAUCGACCAAGUUGCCAAAGUUGGUCAACCACUAAUCGAUAUCGAAGUUGAAGAUGAUUCAGCUGUCUCCGAACCUCAAGAAGAAGGUAAAUUUACCAAUUUCGUUUUGAUUUAUCUUCAUUUUUUAGAAGAGUCGCCCCAAAUCACCUCCGCAAAGCCGGUGGAACAUCAUAGUCGGUCAUCAAAACUGUUGAUGACGCCAGCAGUCCGGAGGUUAAUUAGGGAGAAUAAAAUUGAUAUCCGGAAAAUCUCGGGGACCGGGAGAGAUGGUAGAGUACUCAAAGAGGACGUUUUGAACUUCUUGAAUGUGGUUGAAACUCCAGAAGGCCAUGAAAAAGAGGCGCCAGUAGAGAAGAAGAGCUUUGAAGUGAGGAAAUUUGAGAUUUUGAGGAUUUUUUGUGUUUCAUAAGUAGAGAACGCGCAGAUCUUGAUGAAACCUGACGCAGAUUUAGAACAAAAUUUUCUAAGACAUUUGCGAAAGUUCUGGCUUGCGCUCUGCUGUAACCAUCGAGAUUUUUAGGCCGGAAGUUCGGAUUUUUUCGACCUAGAAAUCUCGAUGGUUUGUGCAAAACAGAGUAUGAAACUUUUGCUUAUGCCUUAAAAAAUUCUGUUUUAAAUUUGCGCCAAGUUUCAUCAGGCCCGCAGGGUCCAAAUAUCCUUCGUAUAAAAUGUCACCCGCAGUCUGCAGAUAGCAAAAAAGCUGAAAACUUGGAGCUGGGUUAUAUUUUUGGUUUACUUCUUUAUUUAUGAGUACAGAGACGAAAUAAAAAUACAUUUUCAGCCCCAGUUAACCGAAGAUAAGGUGGUCCCCAUCCGCGGAUAUACCCGAGCCAUGAUAAGUUCCAUGUCCGAGGCCCUGAAAAUCCCCCAUUUUGGUUACAACGACGAAUACACGGCAGACGCACUAGUCGACUUCCGUCAUCAACUCAAAUCCGAAGCCAAAAGACGCAAUAUCAAACUGACUUAUAUGCCAAUCAUCCUAAAAGCCACCUCCGCCGCACUUACCGAUUUCCCCCAAUUGAACGCGCAAGCUGAUGCGGGACACAAGAACAUCAUCUACAAGGCAAAUCACAACAUUUGCGUCGCCAUGGACACACCUGGAGGCUUGGUUGUGCCCAAUAUCAAGUUUUGUGAGCAAAAAAAUAUCUGGGAAAUCGCGGCGGAUUUGAAUCGGCUCUUGGAAAGUGGGCAGAAACAACAAAUUCAAAGAGAAGACUUGCUCAAUGGGACGUUCACAUUGAGUAAUAUUGGAAUUGUAAGUGAAUUUGGGCAGGGAAAUGUUAUUUGGACAUUGUUUUAGCCAACUUGGACAAAAAAUUUUUUUUCGGGAAUUUUUUUCCGGUAAAUGGGUUAUUUUGGGCUUAGAAAUCACAUCAUGGUCUAUUCAGAUCUUUGGUAAUUGUAAAAAAAAAUUUAUGAGGUUUUGCUGAUUUUCCGGGCGAUUUUUUUAUUUUUGCACGGUGCGGAGACAGUUUUAGCCUAUUUUUUGGCCCGCACAGUGCAAAAAAUAAAAAAAUUUUUAUUGCACAGUGGACGAGGGAAAUUUUUUUUUGCACAGUGUGAAAUGAAAAGAGUGAGUGUUUCGCACUGUGCAGCCGACAUUUCAGCCAAUUUUUUCGAUUGCACAGUGCAGAAAAUUUAGUUUUUUUCAUGUGCACUGUGCAAACGGAAUUUUAGCCUAUUUUUUUGGUCUGCACAAUGCAGAAAUAAAAAAAUUGAAGUGCAAGGGAUUUUUUGCAUUUUUCUUGCAUUGUUCAAACAAUAAAUUGAAGAAAAUUUUUAAAAUAGAACUUUGUUCUUCGUAUUUUACCCAAAAUUUUUUCCAGAUCGGCGGUACCUACCUUUCCCCAGUGAUUUUCCCCCCUCAAGUGGCGAUUGGAGCCUUGGGUAGGAUCCGAAAAGUCCCCAGAUACGAUCAUAAUGACCAAUUGAAGCCCACAAAUAUCAUCAACUUCUCAUGGGCGGCCGAUCAUCGGUUCGUCGAUGGCGCCACAAUGGCCAGGUUUAGCAAUCGCCUCAAGGAAUUGCUCGAAAAUCCCGGUCUUUUGGCCGCUUCGCUCAGAUAG